AUGUUUAGAAAUAACUACGACGGUGACACAGUAACUUUUUCCCCCACCGGCCGGAUAUUCCAGGUAGAAUACGCUCUCGAAGCGAUCAAGCAGGGUAGCGUCACAGUAGGUGUGCGUUCUAAGAAGCACGCAGUUCUGGUGGCGCUAAAGCGUAAUGCGGAUGAGUUAUCGUCAUACCAAAAGAAGGUGAUCAAGUGUGAUGAGCAUAUGGGGUUAUCAUUAGCCGGACUGGCACCUGACGCUCGUGUGUUGAGCAAUUACUUAAGACAGCAAUGUAACUACUCCAGUUUGGUUUUCAACAGGAAGCUGUCAUUAGAGAAAGCUGGCCACCUUCUCAGUGACAAAGCACAAAAGAAUACACAAUCGUACGGCGGCCGGCCCUACGGUGUUGGGCUGUUGCUGGCAGGAUACGACAACAGUGGCCCACACUUAUUAGAGUUCCAGCCUUCUGGUAACACGCUAGAGUUGUAUGGAUCUGCUAUCGGUGCGCGUUCUCAAGGUGCCAAGACUUACCUCGAAAGAACACUUGAAGAGUAUUUGGAGGUAGAUGACGCCGACAAGCUAAUCGAGGUCGCUCUCGAGGCUUUGAAGCAGUCCUUGAAAGACGAAACAUUGAACACGAAGAACCUGUCGAUUGCUGUUGUGGGUGAAGAUAAACCGUUUACCAUCUACGACGGGGAGGCCGUUGCUCCAUAUUUGUGA